AUGAAAUUCCUCACAAGAAACACCACGCCGUCCCCAUUUUAUACUACGCCUUCUUUCUCUCUAUGGGAUCGCCGAUGGAUCUGCUUGCGCUGGCUGGGAUAUCUUACCUUCCUAAUUACUGCCAUCCAGACUAGCUCUUUCCUCUUUGGGUACCCGGAGACAAAUCCUGUCCAGGCUGUAUAUGCUUCGUUCCAUCGCCCCGGGAUUCUUCGGCCUGGUCAAUAUCGUGGGAAUGUUGGUGUGGGGGACAAGAUAUCAGACGAGGACUCAUUUGAGCCAGAUGUGUUGGGCAUGACACAUGAUCGGAGGGACAAGCGAUUCUAUCUAGGCGGUACCUUAACCCUAACCAGUAUCGAAUCUGCCAAUGCCUCGCACCCAGUCCCACUUAUCUACGACCCAUACCCAGCAUACAACAGCCGAGAAUGGAAGAAGCAGUUCCAUGGAAAGUUUCGACCCUGCCUUGGCCCUCGGGGUCGUUAUCUCGAUCGCAGGUCUGCAGAAGAUAUGAUCCAAGUCUACAAGGGUCAACAAGCCGAGUUCCCAGCACCGCGAUUUGGAUCCUAUGAGGCGUUAGAUCUAGAUGGAAACGUUUGCACCGACCGUUACUCCCGCUUUGGGGCAUAUGGAUACGAUGACGAUGGCGAGGACGAGGUACCGGGCUUCACGCGCCCCCCGCAGUGCCGUGAUAGAUACGAGUCAACUGAGACUGCCAACUCCUCAACUCAAAGUCCACUGGCCUUCGAUCUUCCACAGGCUCCUACCAAACCAUGGGGGUCACCUGUGAGUGCUUCAGGUGUGAAGCAGUUCCAACCUCGCUCGGCACUAUUGAUUCGGGCAUGGUAUGGGCUCAAUUGGAAGCCUCACCAUCGGGAAUAUAUUCGGGCUUUGAUUAUGGAGCUUUCCUUGCAUUCUGGUGGAGAAUAUCAGAUCUAUAUCCUGUGUCAUGUCAAGGAAAACGAGAUGCCCAUCUUUUCUGAUAUCAAUACCAUCAACCGGCUCAGGAAUUCCAUCCCCAAAGAAUUUCGGAAUAUGGCUCUGUUCUUCAAUAACAAACUCUUGGAAGCUUGGUAUCCCAAGAUAGAAGAACACAGUCCUCUACUCCAACACCACCAACCUCUGCAAAUAUUCUCCCAGUUGUAUCCCCACUUCGACUAUUAUUGGCAACUAGAAAUGGAUGGUCGGCACACAGGACACAUCUACCACUUCCUAGACCGAGCAAUUUCAUUCGCACGCCAACAACCACGCAAAUACCUCUGGGAACGCAACGCCUACUUCUACACCCCCGGCGCACACGGCAACUGGAGCCAAUUCACGCAAAUGGUGGACGAAAGCCUGGCUGACAAGUCCAACCGCACAAUCUGGGGUCCGGUAUCCCGCACAGGGAUUCGGCCACUGGGCCCGGAGCUGCCAGUCCCAUACCCAGACCAAGACAACUACACCUGGGGCGUAGGUGAAGAAGCCGACUUCAUAACGUUCCUCCCAAUCUUCAACCCACAAGACACGCAGUGGACAUUCCCGGACAAGGUCUGGAACUUCAGAUACGGCGAGGGCACACCACGCCGCGCUGCGGUCAUCACAAUGGGCCGGUACUCCAAGCGCCUGCUGGAUCUGAUCCACCACGCGCAGGCGACGAAGGGUCUUGGCCUUGCAUCGGAGAUGACAGGUGCGUCGUGGGCUCUGUUUCAUGGCCUUAAGGCUGUGCAUGUUCCACACCCUAUCUAUGCGGAUGGCCAGUGGACACCGAAGGAACUGGCGCGCAUCUACAACCCCGGUCCGCCGGAGAAUGUUAAUGGGGGUCCUGAUAGUAUUUGGAAUUUUGAUCAUAUCUUUGAUCAUAUUAUGUACCGGCUCUCGUAUAUGUUUACGACGCAUAGUGCGGAGGACUUGUACAGACGUUGGCUGGGGUUCAGGACUGCGGAGAAUGAGGGUGGGAAAACGAUAUCUGAGGAUCGCUAUGGUCGGCAUUGCUUCCCAUCUAUGUUUCUUCAUACAAUCAAGAACACAGCUGAAGGGAUGGGCCCAGACAGGGCUGUUCCCUGA